GGUUGGCCACUGUCAGAAGAGGAUGUUGGACAAGGCAGGCUGCAGGCCUGAUCCAGCAGACUCCUGUUACAUUCCCUGCUUCUACAAAUAUUCCCAGGGAAUGACUCCAGGAUUCUGAAGAGUUUGGAAAAUGUUAACAAUUGUGUUUUGGGUUAUUUAAAAACAACAACAACAACAACCCAGUAACUGUUUCUAUGCUGCACUGGGCGAUUGGAGCCUUAACUGCCCAUGGAGGGAAAUAAACUCUGCCACACACACAAGUUGGCAUGUGGUUCUUGAAAACACCAGCUGCACACUCAGUGCUCCCUUCCCUCCCCACACCCAGCCAAAUCUUCAGGGUGAGAAAAUUCACAUCCUUUGUAGCAACGGAGCAGAGCUUUUGGCGAGAGAGAUAGAUGCAGGAGUGGUGGAGAGGCAUCGGCGGUGGUGCCAGCCAGCCGCAUUCACGGCAGCGGGGAGAAGAGAGAGCGUGCCUCCUUUCCGCUUUCUUCCGCACGCCAGGAGAAGAUCUGCAGGGAGCAAAAGUGGGGAGCCGUGGGGGUGGCAGAGAGCGCUUGGAGGAUUGUGGCUUCUACUGCUGCUCCCCUCCCCGACUUUCCCGGUUCGCCUCUUGAUGGCUCGGAGGCUGUUGAAUGAUUGAUGGGGGUCUCCCUCCUCGCGGAGGAACGCUGUGCAGCUCUGGCUCCAGGCAAAGAGUGGGAGGAAGGCGAGAGGAGGAGGAGAAGAGAAGCAAGGAAAGAGCGAAAAGGGCACCGAAUCCGUUUGCAUCCUCCGAAUGGCGAGCUGUCGGUGAUGAUCACCUAGCGCCAGCGUUCGGCCGAGCCGCAAACCCCCCCUUUCACCACGCUCUCCUGUCUUGUCAAUGGAAGGGGAGCUGGGGGGCAGCAACACCAGCGCGGCCGGUGGGGAAUAUUCCGUGCCGAGCGGCAGCGCUUGGACGGUUGCCUUCCUCGCCUUCAUCGUCCUCUUGACCAUGCUGGGCAACUUCUCCCUCAUUCUGCUGAUCUUCACCCAGCGGGCGCUCCGCAACACCUCCAACUACUUCCUGGUGUCUCUCUUCAUGUCUGACCUGAUGGUGGGCUCGGUGGUGAUGCCGCCGGCGUUGCUGAACCAGCACUACGGCCGCUGGGUGCUGGACGGCGCCUUCUGCUCCGUCUGGUUCGCCUUUGACGUGAUGUGCACCAGCGCCUCCAUCCUCAACCUGUGCGUCAUCAGCCUCGACCGCUACCUGCUCAUCAUCUCCCCGCUCAGGUACAAGCUGAGGAUGACGUCCUGCAGGGCUGUGCUGCUCAUCCUGGCCACCUGGACCUUAGCCGCCCUGGUCUCCUUCCUGCCCAUCGAGAUGGGCUGGCACAAGAUGGAGUUCGGCCCGCGGCCCUUCAACGCCACCCUCCAGGCCGAAGAAGAGGGGCAGUGCCGCGUGGCGGUCAGCCUGCCCUACGCCCUCAUCGCCUCGGGUCUGACCUUCUUCCUCCCAUCCGUCGCCAUCCUCUUCACCUACUGCCGCAUCCUGCUCGCUGCCCGGAAGCAGGCGCUGCAGGUGGCCUCUCUUACCAACAACGUGUCCAUCACAGCCGACGAACCAACUCAACAGGUCCACAGAGUUCACAGCCAAUCGACGGCCAUGAGUGACACCCGAAAAUUUGCCAACAAGCACAGCAAGAGAGCCCUGAAGGCCAGCCUAACUUUGGGCGUCCUUUUGGGGAUGUUUUUCGUGGCCUGGCUGCCCUUUUUCGUCUGUAACGUGGCCCAGGCAGUCUGCAAGUGCGUCUCGGAGGACUUCUUUGACACCCUGACCUGGCUGGGCUAUUGCAACAGCACCAUGAACCCAAUCAUCUACCCGCUCUUCAUGCGGGACUUCAAGAGGGCCAUGGCAAAGUACCUGCCUUGCUGCCGGGGGGCUUGGGACCGCCGUCCCAGCCCCAUCUCGCUCUCCAUGAGGAACUCAAACAGUGGUCCCCGGCCCGGCACGUCCCUCAAGAACGUCCUGGCGCUCCCGGGGGACACGGACUCGGCCGACUCCGUCACCCAAGUCCAUGACGACUGCGGUCAGCGCCUGGGGUCCCUCCCAGCCACGGGGGCCGAUUCGGUGAUGCUUUUCAACUUGGAGCAAGCCAUGGAGCAGGAGCUCCGUAUCCACCAUCUCAAUACCCCCAUGGACUGAGGACGGCCUGUCCGGGCUUCCCAGCUGCCCUAGACAUUCGCAAAGGACCUUGUGUGGUUCAACUAUGGAACUUGCUCCAUAGGAGGCAGGCGUGGCCAAUGACCGGGCUGGCUUUAAAAGAGGAUUGAACCAAUUUGUGAAGGAGGGUAAGGCAGCCGAUGGUUAUGAGCCACAGUGGCUGUUUUCCGCCUCCACGGUUGGAGGCAGUGAUGGUUCUGAAAAGCAGUUGCUGGAAGCCACCGGAGGGGAGAGUGUACUCUUGUGUUCAGAUCCGACUUGCUGGUUUCUCACAGUGGUUGGGCCUCUGGUUUGAUCCUGCAGGGCUGUUGUUCUUCAGAGCUCUAGGAAGAAGAAUCUGCUGCAGGCAGACAUGGUGUUGAGCUUGCAGUGGCAAACGGUCAGAUGCUCUCGACUCUGUGUGAGGCACAACAGCUAAGCAGAAGCACGGCAGAACGAGGGAACCAUCGAGAGAUGGAGUUUUUUGAGGGAGGAGGAUAUAAAGGCAGCAGGAAUGGGAGAUGCUUCUUGUUCAGCCGUAUUUUCAUGCAGACCUACCAGAGAUGUGCUUCUCAAACAAACGUGCAAACUGAAAUGCAGUGAAUUUUCCAAACUUGCAUCUCUCCGGAGUUUUGAAGCGGUUUCUCUCCAACCAAAGAUCGGGCGCACGAGUGUGCAGGCAUUAGCGUGAAGCGCAUGCAAAAACCCGUGUAUGUUUAGCUAAAGCAUACAGGAAUGGCAUUCCGUUAGGGGAGGCCGUUUGCAAAGAAGCAUCCAUUAGGAAAAACUGCAUUCAAAACAUUUUCUAUAUUAUUAAUUUAAACCACACACCAGAAAUGAGACUAAAAAUCAGGCUGGAGAGUGACAAAAUAAUCUGCAGGGGAUUUCAUCAAAACAAAGUAUGAGCA